GGCAGCUCCUCCAGAGGCGUCAGAAGCGAGUGUGUUGCCUGCCAGAAGCAGCUCGGCUCACCUGCACAGACAUGUCCCCCUGCCCCAACAGCUACUCCUCUGUCCACCACCUGAGGAUGUCCGAUAGAGACAACAUCAAAUUAAGGAAACCCAUAGUGGAGAAAAUGCGCAGGGACCGCAUCAACACCUGCAUAGAGCAGCUCAAAGUCAUCCUGGAGAAGGAGUUCCACAAGCAGGAGCCCAACUCCAAGCUGGAGAAGGCGGACAUCCUGGAGAUGACGGUGAGCUUCCUGAGGCAGCAGCUGCAGGCGGGCCUCUGUCACGCCGACUUCAGCCACAGCUACUCCCACUGCCUCAGGGACUCGGUGCAUUUUCUGUCGGUCGGCUCGGCCGCCGAGGCCCCCGGUGGUCCUCAGCACGUCCUCCAGCAGCAAGACCAGACUCUCCAUGAGACGCAGAGAGCCGGCGGCUGCUCCCCGCUCAGACCCGGCACACAGCAGGACAGCGGCAGAGGCCCCGUGUGGAGGCCGUGGUAGAGACUUAAAGAUCUGAGGGGACCGGCUCUCUCCCUCACCGUGUAGGAAAUACGUUUCCAUCCUGCCCGCUCCGUCCGGGCUCACCUGUUGUCUCAUCACA